AUGCCUAUCAGACUGCAGUCGCAGAUGCAGGUGGAUGCCCGAACUGCCGUACACUUUCAGGACGUGCUCGAGAAAUAUUCGCCAUACGAGACGCUGCUCGAGAUCAGCUCUGCGGAUGCGUUGAACGAUACAUCGCUCGCAGCUUCCUUCCAGCUCCACACCGCAUCCCCCUCUCCCUCGUCUAGCCGGCUCGACGAGAUUCAGGAAGAUGAAGAUGAUGGGACAACCGAGGGCAGUGCAAUUGCCUCCUCUGUGCCAGCGGCGAGUGCGCAACGGUAUGGCUCGAGGACAAGGAUGUCAAAGCGGGCGGGGGCAGGCGCAGAGCGCUCGAUGGCUUCGUUGCCGCAUGGCAAAUCGCCGUUGUCCAUGUCACCGCGAUCAACACCGCCAGAGUCGCCGGCCAGGUCUCCCGCCGUCCCCGCGCCUAGUAACCCGCUGGGCUCAGAAAAGCUUCCUACGCCUCUGAUCAAUCCAGAACUGCCACUUUCCCGGGAGGCUUUGAAGGAGAACAUCGCACCUGAAUGCGCAACUCGAAUUGUUGACCGCACGCGACCGCCUGCAAGUGCAGGCGGCCCCCAGACGAGAACUGCGGCGACGGAGCUGGGAGACAAGAGGCUUGCAGCGGAAGAGGCGCCAGCGCCAAGCGUGCCUCCGAAGACACCAAAAGACCUGCCCGAAGCAGAGGCUCCAAGCUUGCCACCAAAGACCCCCAAGGACUUACCAGAUCUGCCACGUGAAUCACCAGAAGUACAGGCGCGAAAAGCUCCAGCGUGCUCCGUCGAUCAAGCCUCAAUGGCCGAAUACAAGAGCGCCUUGCGCUCCCAAUCGAUGGACGAAGAGCCUUACGACUUCAGCAAAUACGAUGCACUGUUCAAGCCCAAGGUCAAACUUGCACCCAGGCCCGUACACUCGCCGGAGAAGGUGAAGCGACCCGCUGUUGCCCGCGUUUCCGCCAUGCCUGCCAACGUCAGGCCAUCGGCAAAGAAGCAGGAGCCAACUCGACCCAGAUCGCAAGGACAGUGCGUUGCACGAGCGGCCGCUGUUGCUUCGCCCGAGUUGGACAUGCCUGCUCUACCGCCCAUUCCCGCAACGCCAGAAUACAGACCGCGUCCGAUCUCUAGAGCCAGCAUCAAGUCUGCGCCGUCUCACAAGUCAUCGGGAAUGACCGCCGACAAGGUGCGGCUCAUGAAGGCCGUUGAACUGCGGAGAAAGCAAUUGCGAAAGUCUCAAGAGCAGACCUCCGCGAUGCCGCUGCUCGAUAUUGACGCACCCGACGUGCCACAGCUUCCCCAACGCAGCCCGUUGAGGGAGAGGAAGACCUCGUCGCCACCCGAAAUGGAAGCCAGUGCUCAUGCCGAUCACGUCAUGCCACUCGCGCGAGUCCCAGAGGUGGAACCCGAGCAAGAGCAACCGACUACAGAUGACGAGAGUCACCACCAAUCCAGCAAGGCCGACUCCGGAAUAUCGCUGCGAUACGCGACGCCCGAUUCCCAACACACAGAUACCAUCGAGGGGGAGAGCCCCGAAACAACUUCGGAAGAGAAGCAUACAGCGGCUAUGCAUGUGCCCACGGUAGCAGGACAUCCAGCUGCAUUGCCACUCACCACCCAUGUCCCGCCAAGUCUCGAACCAUCACCUCGAAGUAUCGAACUAGGGCAAACAGCAGAUGCUAUGUCUACCGCAAGCAUUACGCCCACCGAGAAGCCUGGACGUUCUGAGCAUGGAAGCGACGAGACUGCGAUGUUGCCAACAAUUCAGAUGGAGCAUGAAUCGCGGCCACUGACUUCUGAUGGUGAAGCUCCUAUUCAAAGAUCUGCUUCAGAAGUAACUAUCGGGCAAUCCGGAUCCGACAAAAGCGAGCACUCUUUCGCAGAGCCGCCUUCGUCUCCGAAGAGGCAGAACAGUGACCUGGCUAAGCGACGCCGAGGUCUUGUUGAGCCUCUGCACAUUGACACGUCCUCCGGCAAUCCUGAUGACUUUGGAUCUGACGACGACGAGUUCUUGGAAGAGCUACAUAGUGCUACCGUACAUGAGGCCAAACCUAUUAGCAUGGCAAGAUCGCCGAUGGCGGCAGCUUUCCCCGGCGGACGACGACCCAGCGCGGACACGUUGGCGUCUGUGAGAUCUGUACAGAUUGCUCGCGCUUCCACUCUUACUGUCGACAGGACAUCCGGGACAUCAGACCGCCUCUCGCCGGACAGCUCGAAACCACCGUUCGUGGGAUCAUCGCCAACACCACCGCCUGAUGCGAUGGCUGGCUUCACUCGGAAUGUUUCUUCGGGCAUCUCCAAGCGCAUUCAAGAACUCAACGAAUUUUCCACCAGGGACUCGAAUUCUCCAUCGUUCAACUGGCAGUCACAGCCUAUCACGCCAGACACCUCGCCAAAUGGCUUGUCGCCGUUUGAGCCGCGAGAUCGCAAGUCCAGUCGCAGAACGCCUCCAGCGUCAAGACCUAGUUCUUAUCGCAGACAGAGUCGGAAUAACACUAAUCAGCCACCGGUGGCUACGCCAGGUGCAGAACAAGCGCCCGUGUGGAGUGUUCAGCACGACCCGGUCACCAAUCGCAAUUCCGUCACGGUGACUACCCGGAUCACGAGACCUACGACUGCGGACACGGCAGAAGAAGAUCAAGUUCCUCUGCAAAAGUCAGAAGUCUUGAUCAACCAUCCACGUGAGGGAGGCCCGAUUCCAGCGCCUAUCCGCACUGACGCCCCAUCGAACGGACCUACCCCAGCACUUUCUCCAGUAGUUUCCACGAAUUCAUCUGGUGUGCAUUCAUCGAACUCUUCCAGGUUUGGGAAGUAUCACCAGCCGGGUUCACCGGGCCUGGACGAUUUCCCGCCUCCGCCGAACAACCAAGUGCUGUCUACGAAGUCGCUCACGCCAACCGACGAGAAUAUUGCUCCUAAGGAGGGCAGCAGGACCAGUCGGUUCUUCAAGCGAAUGAGCACCUUGACCGGACCCAAAAAGAAAACCAGCCCGCCUCCGAUGGCGAGCAGCACAAGCUUGGUAAGCAAUGAAGCCACUUCUCCUCUCAAGGCGUCGCCGGUGCAGAGAGAGAGCUUGGCUACGGAGAAGUCGGAUACACCACCUGCUGUUGUGGUUGGGGACCUUAAUGUUCAAUUGCCCGAUUCACUCCUUUGGAAGCGUCGCAUUGUAACAAUUGACGAUGCAGGCUACUUACAGUUCGCAAUCGCCUCCGCUAUGGAAAUUCACAAAGGAAUUGCGCAGAAGAAGUUCUCGCUCUCUUCUUUCACGAUGCCUUACGCACCAGACCUCGAUCGUCAGGAGCUGGACCACUCUAUCGUCCUGGAGUUCCAAGAUGGUGCGGCCGUCCAGGUUGCCUGCGAAGAUGCCAUGACCCAGCGCCAGGUGCUGUCUGUUCUCAAGACCUACUGGAAGGCGUACCAAGCACAGACGACCCAGACGUGA